UAUUUUUAACAAUUUUUAGUGAACGUGCAUUUUCAGGAUACAUUCUUUUUCAAGGAAAGGUUUCAGUUUCUAUUGAUACAAUCAAAAAAUGCAAAUGUUGCUUGCUUUAUAAAUAUUAUGUGUCAUCUCUUCUUCUUUCUGAUCCAAAAUAUCAUUUGGAAGAUUUACACUACUUUGAUGAUGCUGUUUCUCGUGUUCUAAAAAUUCCAGAGAAUUUCUUGUAUCCUGAAACUACAUUUCGCCAAUAUGAUGUACCAAUAUACCCUAGAGAAAAUAUUAUAUAUGAAGUGGAGAACCGCCUUGAUGCUGUUGAACAACAUUUGAAAGAAAAAUUUCCUGGCACAUCAACUUAUACACUAGAACCGAAAUUUCCUGCUACUGAUUGUGAUAUGAGGAAUAUAAGCCUAAGGCUUCACUUGCAUAAGUUUAAGUGUGAGUUAUUGAAAUGCUCAUUUGUUUUUAGUUCAUCAUUAAUCAAAGAAUUAUAUGAGAAAAUUAAGCUUGUUUAUAAGCAGUUAUAUGACAUAACAGCUCAAGUGGAAAUUGUGGAAUAUGUUUAUGCAAAAAACAAGUCAUUUGUUGCUGACGGAAAUUUCAGAGAGUGCUUGUCUGACUGGAUAGUUGAUUUGGCAAAAAAAUUGGAGUCCAAGUCUUUAUCAAAUUAUCAGUCUAUUAUUCCUGGGGCAGUUUUUUGUUUGUUACUUUCUGAUUUUGAUAUUGUAGAAAAUUUACCACAAGAUAAAUUAAAGUUAUUAAUUAAGCUUCUGUACCUUAAGCCUGAUGAAGAAGGUCACUCUGCUUACAGAAAUUUAUUGAGUUGCUUGUCGAAUAAUGAUUUGAAAAUAGAAUUGCAUAGAUCAGUUGAAAGGCUAUGCCGUCAAUUCAUUAAGCUGAUUCAAGGGAAGAGUAUUGACUGGCUACGAAAUACUCCCCUCCCGCUUUACCAUUUUUUGCGAGGAAUAAGUGAACCAUUUGUGCCUAUUGAAAUGAAUCUUGAGAUGGAAUGGACUUUUUGGCAAACUAUUAAAGAUAAUAAGCGUAGUUUUCACAAAUAUUUGCAGGAGAAAGAUUCCAG